AACAGCAGGAGUCCAUAACCACUGCUGGUAGGGAUAUGAACUAGUCCAGUUACUACAGACAGCAGCACAGAAUGUGAUGGUUUGAAUGUAACUGGCCCCCAGAAGUUCAUAGGAAGUGGCACUAUUAAGAGGCGUGGCCUUAUUGGAGGAAGUGUGUCACUGGGGUUGGGCUUUGAGGUUUCAGUUGCUCAAGCCGAGCCCAGGGACUCUCUCUGCCUGCUCCCUGAGGAUCCCUAUGUAGAAUUCUCAGCUCCUCCCCAGCACCAUGUCUGCCUGCACCAUGUCUGUCUGCAUGCCACCGUGCUUCUCACCAUGAUGACAAUGGACUAAACCUCGGAACUGUAAGCCAGCAUAUAGUGGGUAGCUUUUCCAGCUUUGAUCUGGAAGUACUACCCCCAUUGAGGCUUCCCGGAACUGUCACGCCUACAAGUUGGGACCAAGACAGGAGCCCUUAAGACCUGAAAUCUGGAUGUGCCGGCUCUCUUGAUUCCUGGAUGCUGGAUGCUGGAGGUAGAACGAGCAGAGUUCUCCAGAGAACACCGCUGGACUGCACUUCACCUCUCCCGGACCCUGUAAACUAUCCCUUCACUUGUAAGUUACCCCAAAAUAAACCUCCCUUUUAACUACGUGGAGUUGCCUUAAUACUUCCACCAAUACCAGCCCCAAGUAACUGUUUUCCUUCAGAAGAGUUGCCCUGGUUGUGGUGUCUCUUCACAGCAAUAGAACCCUAACUAUGACAGGGGGUUUCUCAAAAAAAAAUGAAAAAUCAGUGUAUCGUCUUACUCUGCUCCUGCAGUCCUGGGUGUUUACCUGGAGCACUAAAAGAUAUUGUAGAGACACUUGCACACCUGUGCCUCCCGAGGUACAGUUCACAUUGCUGUUAUAGAAGCAACCUAGGUAUCCAAUAAUGGAGGAAUGUGCGUGCACGCACACACAGACACACACACACACACACACACACACACUGGAAAUUUCCAACUACAAAGAAAAGCAGAAUUUUGUCAUUUACGGGAAAAUGGAUGCAACUGAAGGUAAUCCUAUUAAGCACCAAAUUAAGCCUCAGAAAGACAAACAUCACAUGCCCCUGCCUCUUCCCGUUUUUGGAUCCAAGAUUUAAUAGAGAUAUAGAUAAGCAUACAGGACAUGAAAGAGGAAUGAAGGUGACUAGGAAGAGAGGGACGAAGGGGUGGGACUAGACAAAGGCAGGGAAUGUCGGGGGGAAUGUGCUCCACAUGCAAUAGAUAUUAAUACAAUUUUUAUUAAAAUUUAAACAAAACAGUGCACCUUGAUUUCUCUAAAGUACUCUAUGGGGCUGCGCUGUACCCUGGAAGCUGGCAUUCUGACCUGCAGGGACAAUGAUGGCUUUCUAGUACCCAAUGUGUCAGCCUGUGAUGACUUAAAGAUGUUUCCUGCCGUUAUGGAAAACCUAGCCAAGAAUUAGCUGCAGUUUUUUGUUUUUUGUUUUGUUUUCAUACAAGCAGCGGACCAUCAGGUCCCCACUCAUUCCUUAGAGCUCAUUCUACACUAGCUGUCAAGACUUAUUUCAUUUGCAGAGAAACGUUAUAAACUCCAAGAAGAACAAAUGGUCAGGGCAGAUCUCAUUUCUCAAAGUAAGAUGGAGCCUCAGAAAGUUAAGGAUAGAGAAGCAGACGUGGAAGGUCAGACCUAAUCGCAUGACCAACUGAACAGUGCCUGGCUGCCAGGUAAGUAGCUUCCAAGAACUUCAGAGCUGCUUGGCGAAGUCCAGCAUUUCCCUUUCCGGGUCAGUCCGACCAUGACCUUCUAAAAGCCCUUCAAGACAAAGUGCUAGGCUUGGACCCAGGGGUCCUCUGGGUCUCUAUAAGCAGGUCUCACCUUUCUUUCUUGUCUUAACUGUCUAUCAACACGUUCCACAUUCUGACUGUUAUCAACUAUCCAGUUCCUCUUGUGGUAAGCUAUUAUAAAACUGAAUCCAUGUGCAGUGCCAACACGUGUACCAGCCCUGGUUUAACACUCACCAACAAAGACGAUUGGCCAUUUCCGAGACUAAGAUGUCUCGCUGCGAAAUGGACACUUGAUCCAUCAUUAACUCAGACUUGUUUGUCUUGUUUGCUCUAAAACUCUACUGAGCUGUGCCAAGGGCAGUGCCCAAAACCGCUCAAGCCUCUGGGCCAAAGGUCCCCAGGCACACGAUACGAUACUCCGGAUAUUCACACAGACUCUCAAGUCCAACAACAUCUUAGUAGCCGGGAGUUGGCUGAGGUAGUUCUUCUGGAAGGUGUCUCUCACUGUCCACUCAACUAUGUCAUCUCGCAAUCAGGUAGCUCUGGUAACUGGGGCUAACAAGGGCAUCGGCUUUGCCAUCACACGUGUCCUGUGUCAGAAGUUCUCGGGGGACGUGGUGCUCACGGCGCGGGACAAGGCGCGGGGCAAGGCUGCAAUGCAGCAGCUGCAGGCGGAGGGCCUGAGCCCGCGCUUCCACCAGCUGGACAUCGAUGACCUGCAGAGCAUCCGCGCCCUGCGCGACUUUCUGCGCAGGGAGUACGGGGGACUGGACGUGCUGGUCAACAACGCGGGUAUUAGCACCUGGCCCAAGAAUAAGCCACCAAGAAGAGAUGACUUCUUCAAGGACACCCAGCGAGGAGGCACUGAUCUGACCCACUUUUACAUUCAAGCAGAAGCAGCAAUGAAAACAAACUUUUUUGGUACCCAGGCUGUCUGCAUGGAGCUACUCCCCCUAAUAAGACCCCAAGGCAGAGUGGUGAACGUGUCGAGCAUGGUGAGCCUCAGGGCCCUGAAAAACUGCAGCCCAGAGCUGCAGCAGAAGUUUCGCAGUGAGACCAUCACAGAGGAGGAGCUGGUGGGGCUCAUGAACAAGUUUAUGGAAGAUAUGAAAAAAGGAGUGCAUGAGAAAGAAGGCUGGCCGGACAGUGUAUAUGCAGUGACCAAGAUCGGGGUGACAGUCCUGUCCAGAAUCCACGCCCGGAAACUCAGCGAGCAGAGGAGAGGGGACAAGAUCCUCCUCAAUGCCUGUUGCCCCGGUGGGGUGAGAACUGACAUGGGAGGACCAAAAUCCACCAAGAGCCCCGAAGAAGGAGCAGAGACCCCCAUGUACUUGGCCCUUUUGCCGCCAGAUGCAGAGGGACCCCACGGGCAGUUUGUUCAGGAGAAAAAAGUUGAGCCGUGGUGAACUCAACUCUCACCUCUUCCCACAGCAUCCUCUCCCUGCUUUGUAUCCUGUCAUUGUGAGGGCCAGGGUACAUUCUUAACAGUGCUAACACAGUAACUUGACACUUGUUAACUAGUUGACUCAUGGUUUGGCCUUGUAUUCCAUGACGUUCUUUAUGAUCCCCUCUGUGAUGCAGGGUGAGAAAAAGUAAAUUCUGGAGAAGAAAAAAAAAUAAAAAUAACUGGUUCUUUCAGCAUAA